AUGGACUGGUGGAGCCGGCUGACGGUGGGCCUGCGCGUCGCCAGGGGGCGCUACCACCCGGGCCGGUGCGAGCCGGCCGACCGGGCCCCCGCCCCGCCCGCCGACAUCCUCUCGUGCGCCGGCUCCGGUAACUUGAAGGCCUUCAAGGAGCUGUAUCUGGACGACCCUAAGCGGCUGGAGUUUCGGGACGCCCAGCGGAACCGCGGCCCGGCACACUAUGCGGCCGCCAAUAACCAGGCAGAGAUUCUGCGCUACAUCUCAUCGGUCGGCGGAGAUCUGGACUAUGUGGAUAUCGAGGGUCAGACACCCCUGCAUCUGGCUGUGGAGAGCGGCUCACAGGCGGCAGUCACCUGUCUCAUCGAAUGCGGCGCGGCCACGGACAUUCUCGACUCGGGCCUGCGGGCGCCGCUGCACCUGGCCGUCACACAGGACCAGCCGGACAUCCUCCGCCUGCUGGCCACGCACCGGGACCGGGUCGACUGCAAACAGCUCUCGGAGCACGGCCGGGACGCGCUGCACAUCGCGGCAGUGCUCAACCGCGCCGAGUGUGCGCGCGUGCUGCUGGACGACUUUGGAAUGCGUCCGUGCAGCUUCUGUAACAACGGCUUCACGCCGAUCCACGAGGCGGCUCGUCGCGCCAGUUUCGCCACAAUGCAGGUGUUCACCAACUGGGGAGAGGGCCAGAACUGCGGCGGCGAGCGCAUGAUGCUCUGUCCCGACAUCGAGGGAAACCUGCCGCUCCAUCUGGCCGUCCACUCCGGGGACGUCAAGGCGGUCCAGCUAUGUCUCCGGUUCGGGGCCAAGAUCAGCAGUCAGCAGAACGAUCUCUCCACGCCUGUGCACCUGGCGUGUGUGCAGGGGUCGCUAGAGAUCACACAGAUGCUGUUCGACGCCCAGCCGGAGGAGAAAUGGACGGUGCUGAACCUGCGAGACUCGUCCGACAUGACCCCGCUUCACUGCGCGGCCAAGUUCGACCACGCCCAACUGGUGGAGUACCUCGCCAAACAGGGAGCCGACCUGAACGUGCUGGACUCGGAGGAGCGCACGCCUCUGUUGGUGGCUGUCCUGCGCUCCUCGUGGUCAGCAGCGCGCACCCUACUCAAACUGGGAGCUGAGGCCGACAUCCCGGACCUGGGCGGACGGAACCUGCUGCACUUCCUCGUCAUGAACAGCGGUCGGGUGGACGACCUCAUCAGCGCCUGUUCGAGCGGCCAGCAGGCGUUCGCUCGUAUGAUCAACGAGCCGGACGCUCAGGGCUGCACGCCGCUGCACUACGCCUCUCGGCACGGCCACAUCCGCUGCCUGCAGCGACUGAUGGACCUGGGCGCCUGUCCCAACGUCAAAGACGCCAACAACGAGAGUCCGCUCCACUUCGCCGCCAGGUACGGCCGGUACAACACGGUGCGGUCGCUCCUCUCGUCCCGGAAGGGUCAGUUCAUUAUCAACGGAAUCGACAGCGCAGGACGGACGCCGCUGCACAUCGCCUCAGAGAACGGCUACUCCCGCGUGGUGCAGCUGCUCAUCAGCCGUGGUGCGCUGCUGAACCGUGACUUCCAGGGCCUGACUCCGCUACACCUGGCGGCCCGCGAGGGGUAUACCCGCACCAUGGAGCUGCUGGUGACCACGCACACCCAGCUGCUCGACCAGCGUGACAAGACCGGGUGCACGGCCCUCCACUGGGCCUGUCUGGCCAACAAGCCCUCGGCCAUCAACCUUCUGCUGACUCUCAACUGCGCGCUGCUGGCCAACAACGACGGUAACACGGCCAUGGACUUCUGCAUCAAACACAAGCUGGUGGAGGCGGCUAGAGCCAUGCUCACCAACGCCACCUCCAGUGAGCGAGUGCUGGGCGACGUCAGCGGAAAGUACAAGAGCAUCGUGUCGGCGCUGAUCGAGACCAUGCCCAAGGUGCUGGAGGAUGUGAUGGACAGACAGAUCUCCUUCGCCAACUGCAAAAAGGACUCCGAGUCGUUCUUCAUUAAGUACAACCUGGCCAUGUUCGAGCCGGGGGAGAAACGUAUCCAGGCGAUCCGCGAGUCGAGAGGAGACAGCAGGUGGAGGCCCGAGCCGCUCAUGGAGGUCAACCACAUGGUUCACCACGGACGGAUCGAUCUGCUGAUGCACCCGCUGACCCAGCGCUACCUGGCCAUGAAGUGGCAGGCCUACGGCAGGUUCUGCCACCUGUUCAGCCUCCUCCUGUACGCCAUAUUCGUGUUCCUGGUGACGCUGAACGCCAUGAACCUGAUGACGCUGGUGCGCCACUGCCCGGUGCUGCUGGACGCUGACGGCAGUGUGAACAUGCUGAAGGAGGAGGGACACCUGGUGGGGCACGCAGACCCCGGGUCGGAGGCCGGUGACCUGGGACCGGACGAGCUCGGUCUGAUGUCGGAGGGCGGCGGCUGCGACAUACACAACAUUAUUCAUCUGAAGAAGAAGUCGCUGUGGUCGUACGUGAUCAUGGUGUCAGUGAUCGUGUUCGGGAUCCUGAACCUGCUGAAGAAGAUGAUGCAGAUGUGGAACCAGAGCUGGAACUUCGUCACAGACUUUGAGAACUACAUGGAGCUGGCGAUGUACGUGUCGGCUCUGAUCAGCGUGACACCCGUGUUCUAUCCGGUGGUGACGCACUGUCACAUCAUCACCAGUGCCAUCACCGUGUUCCUCGCCUGGUUCAGCAUGCUCCUCUACCUCAGAAGUUUCGAGUCGGUGGGCAUCUACGUGGUGAUGUUUGUGGAGAUUCAGAAGACGCUGCUGCGAGUGCUCAUCAUCUUCUCGGUACUCAUCAUCGCCUUUGGCCUCUCCUUCUACAUUCUGCUCUCCAACGGCAACCACCCCGAGUUCAGCAGCGUGCCCAUGUCGCUGAUGCGCACCUUCAACAUGAUGCUGGGAGAGAUCGACUUCCUCACGGUGUAUGUGUACCCGUGGCUGGCCAAUCGGGACAACAACUCGGCCCUGGUGGCGGCCCAUACCAGCGGCGGCCGGCGGAGCGGCUUCCGGACCGAGCUGACCGCGGCGGCCGCCAACGUCACCAGCUCGACGGUGCCCAGCGGCCUGGGCAGCCGGUUCCUGCCGUUCGCCUCCACCUCCUUCCUGCUGGUCAUCGUGUUUAUGGUGAUGAUGCCCAUCCUGCUGAUGAACCUGCUGGUCGGUCUGGCCGUCGGAGACAUCGAGGCCGUCAGGAAGAACGCCGCCCUCAAACGGCUCGCCAUGCAGGUGGACCUCCACACCGGCCUCGAACGGAAACUUCCUCAGGCGUUCCUAGACCGCGUCAAACGCACCGAGCUCACCGAGUACCCCAACACUGCGGCCCGGCUAAAGGGCAGCAAGGCGUCACCGCUGCGCCGGAUGGCGCACUUUGUACUGUACCUGGUCACUCCCAGCCACGGCUCGCAGAUGAAGACGUUCGACUACCUGGAGCACGCAGCAAUCGCCGAGCAGAACCACCAGCACCGCGAGCUCGACAAGGUGAAACGCCGCCUGAAGGAGACCUCCCGCACCGUCGAGGCCGUCCACAAGCUGAUGCGACUCGUCAUCGUCAAGCUGGAGAUCGGCAUGGAGGCUGAGGACGAGGACGAGGGCGGCGAGGCGGAGCACGAGCUGCUGAGCGCCGCGGCCUCGACAGCCGGGGGGAGUGGCGUGCCACCGGGGACCGGGGGACCGGCCAGUAUGCUCACAGUGCCCGCCCGGCCCGGCAGUCGCCUGCUCAGUCCGACCGUGUCCCAGCGCCGACCGCGCUCCGGGUCCCGUCGGCGUGCCGCUCCGCCGUAGUGCGAGCCGCUCCGCCGUAGUGAGAGAGGCUCGACUGCUCCGGUUCUGUCCGGAACCGUGGAACGAUACCAGGCAGUGGUACGACAUAGUAGAGGCGUCAGUACGGCUAGCGAUAACAUCUCAGCCAGCAUAGGUAGACUUGAAGUGUCAUGUCAAUAUUGAAAGUCCAGUGAUACCCGAUGCGUGAUGCUCGACGUCUAGGUACGGCUGGAGCUUCAUGACAAUGAAGGAUUUUCGACUUUGGAUACCACACACACAAUCAACACACACAAUCAUCAAUGCUUCAAGUAGAUAAUGAUAAUUAAACGUUCAUUUCUUGAGCAUGAGAGCUUGGCACCUUUGCGUCGCCAACUCCGUUUGUAAUGUAUGUAGCACCACGUCGUAUUUGUCUGAUGUUCCCUUGAUGUAGCAGGCGAGGCGACGUUUCUGUGAUCCUAGCUUUCGGCAUUCAUUCCCUUCAGUGUAGAUUAGACUUUAGGUGUGGACUGUUGUUGUCACGAUAUCGUCGUGGUAAGCUGUGCUUUAGUGGAAAAUCUUACGCCUAGUAUUUUCUGGCUUUGUCGUGAUAGAACAUAUGAUAUAUCAAU